UAGACAGCUCAACUUUGACAACUCGACGGCCAACUCAGCCGAAAAUAAUUGUGUUUCCUUCAGCUAACUAAAAAUAAUCAGCAAAAUGAGCCGUCAGCAGAAUGAAGAGGACACCAACUCGUCGCUGUUCGAUGCCCGCAAUGAGUACUACAUCGGCAACUUCAUGGGCUCAAUCAACUUUGUGCUGCCCGAGCAAGGGACCGCAGGAGCAGAGUUGUUGUCCUACAUGUACCUCUCCUACUUGGCCAUCGACUCCGGACGCAUAGUGGCCUCGGACAUCAAGGAGGGCAGUGCGUCGCCGCUGCAGGCCCUGCGGCUGGUGCACGAAGCCUUCGAGCAACCCUCGCGGACGGAGGAGCUGCUUGAGAAGCUAACGGACAAGGUGGCCGGGGAUGAGGACGAGACGAACAUCUGGCAUAUCGCCACCGCCAUUGUCUACUGCCACGACGGGCAGUUCGAGAACGCCCUGAAGAUCCUGCACGGCUCCACCAAUCUGGAGUCUAUGGCUCUGUCGGUGCAGUGCCUGCUGCGCCUGCAGCGCGUCGAUUUGGCCAAGCAGUUGGUGGCCAAGAUGCAGGAGAUCAGCGACGACGCCACGCUGACUCAGCUGGCCCAGGCCUGGGUUGCCCUCGCCCAGGGCACAGAGCAGAUGCAAGACGCCUUCCACAUCUACCAGGAGUUCUGCGAGAAGUUCAAGCCCACUCCGGCCCUGCUCAACGGCCAGGCGGUGGUGCAUUUGGGUCUGGAGCGGUACGAGGAGGCCGACUCUGUGCUGCGCGAAUCGCUGUUGAAGAAGCACAACGACUACGACACCCUGAUCAACCUGAUGGUGCUGGCCCACCUCACGGCCAAGCCUGCGGAGUCAGUCACCCGGAAUCUGGAGCAAUUGCGGCAGUUCUAUCCCAAGAGCGACUUUGUCACCGAUCUGGACAAGAAGUCGGCCGAGUUCGACCGCCUGUGCCUGCAGUACGACCUUGAUGGCGGAGAGAAGCUGCUGGCCGUGUAGACAUAAGAAGAUAUUCCAAAUAAUCAUUUAUCAAAACCUUCUGUUUAUGUAUUAAACUACAAUAAAAAUUUAUUAGAAAUGUA